AUGAGGGCUGUAAUUGUUUUAGGCGCCUUAUGCAUGGCGGCCGCCUGCGCUGCCUACGAGUCUGACGAUCAGGCGGUAGCUGCAAGCCACCAUGAACACGGUGGUGGACAUGAACAUCACGCCCAUCACCAUCACCACCACGAAGGCAAGGGCGACAAGGGUCAUAAGGGGCAUCAUCAUCACCACAAAGGUGAUGAAGGACAUCAUGGAAAACACCAUCACGAAGGACACCAUCACGAGCACGGAGGCGGUCACAAGAAGCACUGGGAUGAACAUGACCAUCACGGAGAGCAUCAUAAACAUGGCCACCAUCAUAAAGGCGAAAAGCACGGACAACACGAACAUCACGAUAAAGGGGAGAAAACCGACGGUUACCACAAGAAGUACCACAAAGACCACUUCCACAAAGACCAUCACUUUCAUGACGGCCAUCACGACGAAGGUAAACACCAUAAGUAUGGUCAUCAUCACGGACACCACGAGAAACACGACGGUCAUCACAAGAAGGGCGGCCACCACCACUCCGGUCAUCACGAGGGACAUCACGGCAAACAUGGUCACCAUGAUCAUGGUCAUUAUGACGAAGGUCAUCAUGGCCAUAAAGGACACCACGGACAUGAAGAACACGACCACCAUCACCACCACCACGGCAAGAAAGGUGGACACGAUGACCACAAAGAAUGGGGAUUCCACCAUGGGAAACACUGA